UCGCCGAACGAGACCGUAGCAGAACUUUCAUGUCGUGCCGUGGCUAGACAUUAGAAAAAUAUAUAUAUUCCUAUAUAUAUUCAUGUGCUACCAGCUGGCAGUGGCAGUUUUGAGUGCGGCAAGACGCGUCAAGUGAAAUCGAAUUAUAUAACCUAAGAAUACAAUUAUAUCGAGAAGACAACGAGACGUCGAGACCCAGACGAAAAAUCGACCAGGAUGACGACCCAACAGUUGCUUAGCAAGAAUGUCCGCUCCAUGCCCUCUUGGGUGAACGAGGCUAAUGACCGCAUUGGACCGAAGCCACCGCCCCCACCCACAAAUGGUGGGCUUCCCAAGGCUCCUGCUCUGCCGCCCAAGGCGAAGAGCACGCCCGAACCGGACUACGAGAUCAUUGAGUUCUCCAGCCAGCAGUACUCCAACGAACCGAUGAAGACCACAGUGAUCAGGACCAAGACACCAGACAACAAGCUGAAGUGCACUCUCUGUGGUUCCCAGAAUCCCUGGGUGACCUGUUCCGAGUGCGCGGGACAAAUCUUUUGCGCCUCCUGUGACGACAUGUUCCACAAGCAUCCCAAGCGCAAGCAGCACAUGCGAAAGGCCGUGGAGCAGGGCACACCGCCGAUUCCUCCGAAGGUGCAGCCCGGAAGUGGGGCACCUCCCCCAAUUGCACCACCCCGUCGCACCAAACGCGGCCUGCUGACACCGUUUCUGGGCCGCAAGGAUCAGAUGCUGCCGCCGCCCUCGCCCACACCCUCGCACAAGUCGCUGGGCGGCUGGCGGGGAUCGCUUGGUGGCGGGGCCACGCCCCCAGUACCACCAGUCGCCACCAACCAGAUGAACAACCGCCCGCUACCAGAUCCACCCCGCAGCGAGGGCGGGGGAUCUUCCAGGUCGGGCACCCCCAAAUCCGUAUUCGACACCAUCCAACGACCACCGUCCGUGCAACUGGAGAAGAUCAAGAGCAAGGCCAGCGCCACCCUGGACCGCAUGGCCAUUCUGCAGCAGCGGUAUCGCCAGCAGAAGGCCCGACAAGAUCUGAGCGCCAACAGCGAACAGCAUUUGUCGAAUGGAGCCGGCUUCGAGCACUGGUCAAACAUUUCACCAUCGCCCUCGCAUUUUCGUUCCGGCAGCAUGUCAUCCGGUUUGAACUCAUCCCAUUUCGAUCUCUCGGAUGACUCUCAAUUUCACAAUUCCUUGCUGCUCCAACAACGACAGGCGGCUGGCGCCCAGAGGCGGCAGAUGAGCACCUCAGUGUUCAACCUGAACACCAAUCCCCGUCGACCCUUGGCGGAAACCCAGAACGGCAGUGCCUGGCUGGCCAAUCAGCGGAUCCAACAGGCUCAAUCCCUGGCGCAACUAAACUGCGCCGGAUGUCAACAAAGUCAGCAGCAUCCUGGCUGGCCGCAACAUCCGCACCACCAGCAUGCGCAGCACCAGCAUCCCGACCAGUGGUCACAGUUUGGGUCACAGCAGCGGUUUAACAACUCCAACCUGUCUCUCAAUGUGGGACCGGGUUACAUGUCACAACCGCAUCAUCCGCACUAUCCGCCACCGGUGUUUAUGACCCAGCGCGGAAUGAUGCCCAACAUGUAUCCUGGCGCACCCGGCUAUCCAAUGAUGCAUCCAGGUGUCAUGGGAAUGCCACCUUCGGCUGCCUCCAGAGCUGCCUCACGUUCCCGAUAUGCCGCAUCCCCAACGCCCAGUCGCAAAUCCAUGUCCUUGCGUCGAAAGAGGAACAGUUACGUGGAUGACGAACUAACAGAUGACGAGGACUCUGACCAGGAUGACAGAAGGUCUUUGGUCUCCAAUCGCUCGGGCAUGACCAGUGCUUCGCGUUCCCACCAGAAUCACCAUCAGCCCCGCCAAAGGCGUCUGUCCAGUGCAUCACAGCUAAUAGCUAACGAUGAGUUGGAUGGAGAUCAGAGGCAUGGAAUGAGGCAGCACAAGAUGCGGGAUCGACGAGGAUCCAUUGCUAAGUCCGUGCAGAGCGAGUGGCUGCCUGAGAGGCGGGACAAUGAUGGCACACUGACCAGAAACAAACCAGCUACAGACUCGGCCAGAACCAGUCGCAUUUACUCUGAUUUGGAAUCCGAGGGAUCGGGUGCUCGGGCCCUGGUUCAAGCCAAGAUCCAGCAGAAGCUCCAGGAAGCCGAUCAGCACAAAUCCUCAAAAAAGGUAGAGCAAAAACGUAAACCGGAAAUGAAGGACGAGAACACACAGGCUGCGGCGGUGGUGCAAAAAGUGGUGACAGCUGCUAAAGAGGAUAGUGCCUCGGAAUAUGAGGAAGUGGUUGAAGAGGUUACCGCCUCGGAGAGUGAGGCCGAAGAUCCGACCGAACCCGAUCCCCAGGAGGUCCCUGAUGAGAUUGAGGCCGAUGACCUGGGCCCACCGCCUUCUACCCCAGACCAUGAAUGGGAAUGCGAGUUCUGCACUUUUGUGAAUGAGCCCAACAUCAAGAUCUGCUCCAUAUGCUGUAAGACUCCAAGCAAACCUCCAGCGCAGCCCAACAAGGCUAAAAAGGUGGAAGAAAGCCCACAGCCACCAGCUGGAAAGGCCAGUAACGUUAAAGUGACCCCCAAACCGGAAAUCGCUCAAAAGCCUUCAGUCAAAAAUCAACAGCCAAGUCAGAAAACAACAACUGCGUCUACCAAGACUACCCAUACCACCAGUACGACGAGCUCAAAGAGUACACCAACUGUCAGCUCCAAGAACACCUCGGGUAUUCCCGUCAAGACACCGCAAAAGUCUACACUGAAAACUUCUUCGGAGAACGAAUCCGACAACUCGCUGGCCAAGAGCCUAUUGCAUAAAGACUCCGUUGAAAACAUUUGGAAUACUCUGGAUGAGAGCAUUCAGGCGCAGGCGGAGAAGGUACUCAAGAAGGCCCAGAAGGUAUCCACGGGCUGUGGUGGUACUCCGCCACGGGAAAUUGCGGCCGUGGAAAUGGGAACAUCGCCACCGCCUCAAAGCAUUUCCACACAAACCUACGACGCCCUGCCCUUUAACUCAAAGCCCGAGGAGACUCCGGCAGCUGUGCCAGAUCACUUCAGAACCCCAGAAGCAAAUCAGAUGGAGCGGCGUCCGCACUAUCGCAGCAAUUCCCAGCUGCCGCAGGAAAAUGAACGAUAUAGGAGUGCCAAUGACCUGAGGUACCACGAUGGCUUUGGAUUGGAUCCUUACAGUGCCGGUCUGGUCACCAAGCGACCCAACUUCAUAAACGAGCUUCGCAUGCUGCAACACCAAACCUCUUCACCCUUCGACAUGCCCCAUGAGUCAUUCGGCGUGAAGCACGAACCAGCUCGAGAUCCGGAAACGGAAAUGCACAUCAUCCUAAAGGAGCUGGAGCUGUACAAGUUCACUGUGGAGGAACUGGAAGCUGCCUUAAAGUACUGCUCCUCCGACACGCAUCCCAUUCAGUGGCUGCGCGAGAACUGGCACAAGCUGGUGCAGACGGUGCAGAGCUUGUCCACCAAGUAUGGUCAGGAAAGAGGUGAAAACACUAUUGGAACCGUAUCCCAAAACGAGGCCCGGGAGGCACUGCGGAAUUCCGGAGGAAAUGUUUGGCAAGCAGUGGCGGACUGCAUCCAGCAGAGGCAGCAGAAGUACAGGAAACUGGCGUCGAAGGGGAAUUUCCUGCGGGACGACAUCGUGAAUGCGCUGACCGCGCACCAAGGUAAUGUGGAGCAGGCGCUGGUGGAGCUGAAUCGCACGCAACUCAAGCCAUUUCUAAUGCGCAUCUGGGGCUCGCCGAAUGGCGUUGAGAAUGAGAGUGGCGCGACCAUAGACACCAAGUCGGAUAUCCAUGACUUCUUGAAUACUCAUGCCUUGGACUGCCUGCAGCCUCCAUUGGCAGGAGAGAGUCCCAGUCCCGCCCAAGCCAAUCCCUUUGACCAACUUAGAACAGACGACAGCCCUGUUAAGUCCACCUAUGCCACACCUAGUCCUUAUCAGUUGGAGGACAGUACAUUAAAGAACCUGGAAAUACUGAUCGGCAACAUGGAACAGAAUCAGGCUAAGCAGAACCAGGAGGUCCUGCGAUCCAUAGAAACCAUGCUGGACACAUUCAAGGGCAAGCCAGAGUUGGAGUACGAAACGGAUCCAGAAAUAAUGCGAAUUCUCACAAAGAGCCCUAUUAGCACGCUGAAACCUUCGGGACCUCCUGUAGAGGAUAAGUCCUCGGAGGAUGUAAAGAACUUUGUGUGGCAGCACAUUCAGGAUAUUGUUCCCAACUUGGUGCAACAGGUUGAGCAAGAGCUUAUGGAGAAGCCGGAGGUAGAAGUCAAAGUUGAGGAAGCCCAGCCAAAGGAACCUGAACCAGAAGUUGUUCCUGAACCGGAGCCCACACCCAGUGUCGAUCCUGCAGUGUACAUCAUGGAGGAAGUCAUCAAGCCUAAUUUGAAAGAAGCUAGCAUACGCGAAGAGCUCCCACCAAGUUUUAUCUAUGCCACCGAAAUAGCCAACUUCAAGUUGGAGUUUGAUCGUGGCUCUGAACGGUUGCACGAAGCGGAGUGGGAAAGCACUGAUCUUAAGGAUGCUGAACGGAUAGUAUACAAAAGCUACAUGGCUCCAAAAGAGGAAGUUAAAAUAGAGCCUGAAGAGGUAGCUAAUAUUCAAAGUUCGAACCAAAAGUUCGCAACCAAAACACAGGAAGAACCUGCCAAAGAAACCUCGAAGACUGAAAAUACCGAAGAAACAAAACUAGAAACGACAACCCAAACUGUUGAAAAGGAGGUUAGUAAUAAGGAAAUCGCUCAGCCAGAAGUGGAAAACGAAAAACAGAAAUCAAUCGAUAACAAUCUGAGUACUCAGCCGAAUGUAUCGGAAUCACAGACCCAAAUCGAUGACCAGCCAAGCACAAGCAGAGACGCCAACCGAAGAAAUAAGAGAUCCCAGCAGUCGAAAAAGGGUAGAUCACGGGAUCAAAGCCAAAAACCAACCAACCGCACAAGACUUCCUAAAGAUAUCGAUCAGAAAGUAAAUGAAGCCAAAGAAGUACAAAAAGCAAGCAUUACACCAGUUGAUGUAAUUGAUGAAAAAGAAACUAAGGAAAUAGAAGCUGUCAAAGAAACAAUUUCUCCUUCCGCUAUCUCUCAGAAAGUUGAAAAUGCAACUGAAGCUAAAACUGUCACAGCCCCUGAAAUCGAGGUUCGAUCAGAGAGUAGAGAAAACGUGUUGGUAGACCCUACUCUACCGGAGCAAAGUUUAGGUACUUCCCAAACAGAUAAAAAUGGUAAUGUACUUAUCCCCGAACAAUCCGAAAAUGUUUCGGAAAAUAAAGUCAUACAAAGUGCGGUUGAGGCUUUUGCAAAGCAACCGGAAGGGGUCCAAGAGAUCUCUGAAUCUGAUGGUCUUAGUGAAGUACAUGAAACAAAUAUAAAUUCUCAAGGGGAAUCAAGUACAGAUCAUGUAUCUCCACCAAACAAUACUUUAAAUGCAGAACAAUCUGAAGAGUCUCAACGUUUGGAUAAGCCUCCUAGCUUAACGGAUAUAACAGAAGCUGACACACAGCCCCUAGAUAAUUCGACUAUAGAAAGUAUUUCCCCACCAAGUAAUGAGCUCACAGCAGAAGAAGUAUCUUCAGAAACUAUCCCUUCCACAACCUCUCAAUCACCAGCGACAGAUGAAGCUCUGAAAGAAAAUAUCGAAACAGUGCCUAGUACUUCAUCAGCAACCAAUGACCAGAAACGAAGUCCCAAACGCUUUUCAAAGAUUCCCGUAAGGACCCUGAGCAGCAACAGUCUCCGAAGUGAGAGUAGGGCCAGCAACCAAACUCCAACAGCGACAGAAGAAAUUGAAAGGGAAGAGACUGCGAUUGAGGACAGUGAAACAUCUGAAGAGCCAUCGUACCAAAAUAGAGCCAGCCACAACGAUGAUGUUCUAGUUAGCCAAGAACAGGAGUCUGAAAAGGAACCUAUCAGUGUCUCCGAAGAUGUUGUCCAACCAUUGAAUUUAGAACCUGAAGUCCACAGCCCUACUGUAACCGCUGUAGCUGUUUCUCCCACAGACUCCGACGAGGUGUUCGAGGAUGCCCCCGAAUUCAGCAGCAGCGAGGGUACACGACCCCAUGAUGAAGCCGCUUCCGAUGCAGAGCUAUAUAGCCUUGAUAGCGAUGGCCAGCGGGCAGAAACAAAAUCGCCGGAGAACCAAGUGUUACUCUUACUGGAUGAGGAAUCCCAGCUGGAAUCUUCUAUAGCCAGGACCAGCAGCAACGCCAGUAUUGGCUCCGAAUCGGAAUCGGAGACGUCCAAAGUGGUGCUGAAGGAAUUUGUUCCUUCCGGUGACCCGGCCAAACAGAACCUCAGCGAACUGGUUGAGGACACUCAACGGUUGAUCAAACAAAUGCGCGAUGAGAUUAGUAUGGAUGAGUUCGAGUCCACCGAUGAGGAUGAAUACUCUGACGAAUACUCGGAUGAAUAUGACGAUGGUGAGGAGGAGGAGUGGUACGACAGCGAGGAGGAGGAGGAGGGAGACUUUGAUGGGGAGGAGGGCAACACUUACAACGAGCAUCCCUCCUAUAUAGAAGAGGCCUCAACCGGUGAUGAAGGUACCGAAAUCGAAGACAUCAUGGAGGAGGAUGAAGAUAUGGCUGAUGAGGACGAGGCAGAACCCAUAAAUAUCGCUCAAGACAUUAAACCAGUCAUAUCGCCUGCUCUAUCAGUCACGCCCACCAACCAGGAAUCUGAUCAAAUCGCACACACUGAGAUUGAAUCCUCCACAGGAAGGACCCUGGAGCCUGAACCGGAAAAUCAUGAAGUGGAGUUGAUCUCGCCCCCUCAGAUAAUACAAGAGGAGCCAAAAGUGGAAUCUCUACCCAUUGAACCUCCUCCAAUCAUAACAGACUCAGAAACUCGACCUCCGGAACAACCUGUAGAGCUUAUCCUGGAAAUCCCCCAAGAAGCUGAGCCUCCCAUUGAUUUGGAACCCGUUGAAGAACCCACUGCCUUGCCUAUAACACCCGCACCACCCAUUGUAGAUUCCGAAUCCCGACCCGUGGAGCUGCCCGUCGAGACGGUACUGGAAGAGCCCAAAAAGGUAACUCCGAGCAUGAAAAGCAAAACUGCAAACAGCGGAACUGCCUCCAAAGAUUCCACCACAUCAAACACGUCCAAAACAGCCAAGUCCACAGUCAGUAAGAUCCCCAAGCCCACCAAUGAACCCACUAACAAUGCGAGUAGCACCCCCCUGAACAAGAAGGUGCCGCUGCGCUCCAAGUCCUUCUCGGCACCAAUGGGCAUUUCGUCGGUGAAGCGUAUCCAGGAGGUCUACCUCCAGAAGCAGACCUCAUCGACAGUGGCUAGUCGAGUGCCGCUUAAGAGCAGCCCGACCACCAAGAAGUCCAUCAACGAUGCCAUUAGCAGGUUCAACUCAAAUCAGGCCGAUGGACCCAGCACCAGUGGAGCCGCAGCUGCAGCUGCAGCGGCAUUAUUGAAACCCCGAUCCCAGCCCCGAAUUCCCAAGAAGAAGUACCAUGAGACCUGCUUCUCUGACGACGACUACGAGACCUCGGCUACGGAAGAGGAGCAGGAGGACCCAGACAUGGCCGAACCCCUGAAAGCAGAACUGCUAAAGCGUAAGCUGAGUAUGCCCGUCUUCCGGGCCUAUCCUAGUGUUCAAGAGCCGAUUAUUGAGGACCCAGCGAUCCUGGCCCGCAAGUACGUCGAUCAGGAACUGGUGACCAACAUAGCUGAAGCUCAGAUAGCCGCCACCUUGGUGAACAUGAAGUUCUCAGAAGAUGUGGCCUUGUGGGCUGCCAGGGAGUGCUCGGAUCUGGAUCAGGCCAUUGCAAUGCUCCAGCAGGAGUGUGAGCUCUGCAUGAACAGUUUUCCCAUGAAUCAGAUCGUGUCCAUGUUAAAGUGCCUCCACAAGUGCUGCAAGCAAUGUGCCAAGAGCUACUUCACAGUGCAGAUAACCGAUCGCAGUAUCAACGAUUGUAGUUGCCCGUUCUGCAAGCUUCCCGAACUGAGCAACGAGUCUCAGCAUGAGGAUGAGCACCUGGAGUAUUUCUCAAACCUGGACAUCUUCCUGAAGAGCAUUCUGGACGGCGACGUGCACGAGCUGUUUCAGCGCAAGUUGCGCGAUCGCACACUGCUGCAGGACCCCAACUUCAAGUGGUGCAUCCAAUGCUCCUCUGGAUUCUUCGCUCGACCCAAGCAAAAGCGACUUAUCUGUCCGGACUGUGGAUCCGUCACAUGUGCUCAAUGCCGGAAACCCUGGGAGCGGCAACACGAGGGCAGCAGCUGUGAGGCGUACCUGGAAUGGAAGCGAGAAAACGAUCCCGAGUUGCAGGCACAGGGCGUCCAAGAGCAUUUGGCCCAAAAUGGCAUCGACUGUCCCAAGUGCAAGUUCCGCUACUCACUGGCCAGGGGCGGUUGCAUGCAUUUCACGUGUACCCAGUGCAAGUUCGAGUUCUGCUACGGCUGUGCUCGACCCUUCAUGAUGGGUGCCAAGUGCACGGUGUCCUCGUACUGCGCCAAGCUCGGCCUACAUGCGCAUCACCCGCGGAAUUGUCUCUUCUACCUGAGGGACAAAAUCCCCCUGCAGUUGCAAUUUCUUCUCAAGGAGCAGAAGGUCAAGUUCGACACGGAGCCUAUACAGUUCAAGGACGAGUCCAGCAGUUCAUCUAAAGCCCGUGCCCAGGCCCGCUGUCCGAUCCCGCUGCAAAAGGAGACGCCACAGGGACUGGUAGACACAGUAUGCAAUACUGAAGUGCCAGACAAGCACGCUGGAAUGUGUCGCACCCACUACGUAGAGUAUUUGGCUGGCAAGGUUGCCAAGGCCGGCAUCGAUCCGUUGCCCAUCUUUGAUUUGACAGACUGCGUCCAGGAGUUACGAAGGCGUGGCAUUGCCCUGCCAGAGCGAGGACCCUGGGACACCGAUGAGAUCUAUAAGACCAUGUGCUCCGAGGUAAUCAAACAGCAUAUUCCACUGAAAUCGGCAUGAUCAGGAGCAGAGCAAGUGAUUUUAUGGAAGCGGUCGACUCCUGCAAUUCUUCAUUCAUUUUUAUGAUUUAUGGCAAGCACUUUUAUAGACAUUUUUAUAGACCUACCAACAACCAAAACAAACCUAAGUUCGUUAGACAUUAGACAUGGCAUGUAUGUAAACACCUUCAUCGGCGCCUAUUCAUCGUACAUCCCAUCCAUCCGGAAUCCCUUCCCAUUGUGUUUAGUUACUAAGAGAUGGAAAACAACAGACCAGAAACCGGCACGUGGAACAGAGUGCAACCAAUAAACAGAAUAUGUGAAAAUCCAA